CAAGUCUGUAUGAGGAGUAGACAAAAACAGGCAGCUUCAACAAGGAGAACAUGUGCUUGGAGGAGAAUCAACAGGGAUCAAAUAAAACUCUUGACUGGAAAACCACUCCAGUCGGCAGCUGCUGCCGCUCCAUAUUGUUAGCAACUUUAGUUAGCAGGCUAACGUUAGCAUGUUUGUUGUUGAUCUCCAGUACAACAUAAAUCGCCUCACGACGAAUAGUUAAAUGGACUCUAGUAAGUAAACAGAUUUGAUAACACCUCGAUUAACCGUACUUGGUAAACAUGUUGGGAUUGUUAAACGUGAUGUAGUAAAAGUUUAAUUUGUUUACCUUUGCUCGUAGGAAAUACACGUUGCUGUAGAGCAGAAAAAGCUUGCACGAGACCCGGCACAGUCAACUGUUCGCAUUAUGUGAUUGGAGGAUAGCUAAUGCUUCCUGGAUAGUGAUUGGCUCUCUGACACGUCAGUCAAGUCGAUUGACUGUGACGAAUCAACGCCUGAGACAGCUUACUCCCGCGUGGUGGCGACAGAAGCUAGCUCUCAGGUUUGUUGUGUGGUCUAAAAAUACUCGUAUUUUAUGGUUUAACAUGCCCUGAAAAAACUCAUACUUUAAGGUGUUACAUAUUUUUACAUAUUGACAGUUAGUGUGGUUUCCAUGACAUUUGUGCCGUAGUCUGGCUUCCUUCGUCAGUGUUUUGUGCUGAUAUGUAAUGAUGUAACCAACACCUUGUAAUCAAUGUCCUUGCUAAACUAGAAAAAUAUCGGCUUCUGUGGACUAGAAGGAUAUUGCAUAAUAUUACAAUUAUCGACUAACGUUAGAGAGCGCUAUAGCUAGACAUUACUUCUUCAACCACUGAUUAAAUACCAUUAAAGAAAAUGAACAACCAUGUAGUUUUACUUUUCCAGUUAGGUCAGGUUAGAUUGCUCAGAAAGUGUGUGUUACACUCUUUAUAUAUACAGUCUAUGGUUACACUACAUGUUUGGAUCUUAACCAUGAUGGUGUUGUAGAGAUGUCAGCUAUGUGGACGGUGAAGGUGGUGUGUCUGGGUGUGGUGGCCCUCUCUCUCAGCGUGGAGCUGCUGGGUUGGCUUCUCCAUCGCCUCAGGCCUAAAAGAACCCGCACUGAGGUCCUCUUCUUCCCCUCGGAGAUGGUCUGCUUGGAGCACAUCUUCGCUCCCUCAUCGCCUCAGUCAUGUUGCUGCUCGUUGCCUCACGGCGUAGAGACCUCUUUCACUCGUCUUGUCCGCUGCAUCUUGUCUGCUUCCUCCUCUCUGGACGUGUGUGUAUUUGCCUUCUCCAACAUGGACCUAUGCAAGGCUGUACUAACACUGCGAUGUAGGGGCGUCACCAUCCGAGUCCUCUGCGACAAGGACUACGCCGCCAUCCAUGGCUCCCAGAUAGGGGUUCUUCGCAGAGCCGGGAUCUGUGCGCGUUGCGACGUGGGCUCUGUGUACAUGCAUCACAAGUUUGCGGUGGUGGACAACCGGCUGCUCAUCACCGGCUCCCUCAACUGGACGAUGACAGCGGUGCAGAGCAACAAGGAGAACGUCAUCGUCACCGAGGAUCCGCACCUGGUGGGUCCAUUCCUCAAAGAGUUCCAACGUUUAUGGCUGCACAGCGAUGCAGCCCAAUACUUCCACUUAAGUUACCCAAAGCCUGCUGACAAACCUACCACACCCAGCACUGACAAGCCAUGAUGAGAAAUAAGUCAGAGCUCUUCAACGUUUGAAGUAGAAGGUAUGCAUGUAAAAACUGUUUGGUAAGCUGGGCCAUAAAACAUUUAGAGACUUUUAUAUUUUCUUAUUUUACGAAACAGACUGUUGCUUUUGGCCAAAGUGACAAUGUAACUGUUCAAGCUGAUACAGGUUUUAUUUUAAAUAUGUAUCGGAAAAGGUUCUGCAUGUAAGAGUUCCUGUACAUUUUGUACUGUUUGGCACAGGACUAAGAUGAGCCUAAUAUCCAUUGCUGUGGUCCAGUUCUAUAGAGAAUGCUUCUGUUUGUGUUUAGAACAUUUCUUAAUUUCAAAAAACAUUUAACUGUUGUAUUUUCUGUAUAUUAUGUGACAGGUCGACAUUGCAUGUUUAGAGUUUUUGUCAAUCUUCUUCUUUGUGUUCAUAAAGCUAGGUAAGAAAAACGUUUCACAGUGAGUGUAUUCUUCCAGUCUGAAGUACACUGGCUGUAAAUAGUGUGUUGUUUAGUGUGUGCUACUGCAGUCUCAGGGACGAUGUGUUGCCAAGCACAAAUAAUAAACUCUU